GUGCCUGUUUUUUGCUUAGUUUUCCUGAUCAUCUGCCUGAUUCCGAUGGCCAAUGGGGGCACUACCUUGCCAUCGCUAAGCGCCAGUCCCAUAGUCUUUGCCCGGAAUCUUUUCCGCGUCCUAAACGAUGAAGAUCCCCCCGUGAACAUGAUGGUUUCCCCGGCUGCUGCCCGUAGUGCCAUGACCUUGGUUUUCAUGGGGGCCGGCGGGAAAAGCGCGGAUGAACUGCGUUCCAAAUUGAUUUUGGGCGUGGCCAAUAAGUCGGAAAUCGCCAAACAACAUGCCGAAUCCUGGAGCGAGGAGUGUUCUUGUGCGAAAAAAGGAGUUGCCCUGCGAUUGGUUACCCGUUUGUUCGUAAAUGAGGAGGAAAAAAUACGACCUGAAUUUAAUACCACGGCCAUGGAGUUCUUUAAUGCUCAGGCUGACUCUCUAAAUUACCUAAACCCCGAGGAUUCAAUUAAAAAAGUCAACAAGUGGAUGGAGAAGCAAACAUUUUACACUGUGAGGAAUCUUUUCACCCCUGAUGUCUUUAAUCUCGUGUCUAGUGUUAUUUUGGUCAACUCCCUGUUCUUUCGAGCCAAAUGGGAUAAGUUGUUUCCUCAGGAUCUUACAGAGGUUCAAGACUUUUGGAUCAAUCCUCGCCAGCGGAUGGAAACGCCGAUGAUGCGUCAGAUUGGCCAGUUUCGCUAUGGCGAGUCCAAGAAACUAAAAUCACAGAUACUCCAGUUGCCCUUUGAGAAGUCCAACUUGACCAUGAUGAUCAUUCUGCCCACGGAUAUCGACGGGCUGCCGAAAUUGGAGGAAAAACUUGGGCAGCUUGAUAUGAACGAGGUGGCCGCCAAGAGUUUAAUGAACGAAGUGGAUGUGACGAUUCCAAAAUUCAAGAUCGAGUGCGAAAUAGAUCUUAGAGUUCCACUACAGAAGCUGGGAAUCAGUCGUAUUUUUGAACCUGGCCAAGCGGAUUUGAGUGGCCUCUUUGCCAAAAAAACACCACAAAGGAUUUCGGAGGCCAGGCACAAACUAUUUCUAAAUGUUACCGAAACAGGUUGCGAAACAGCUCCAGAAACGGAUGUCCAACCCGAAGUCUUCUAUAAGAAUCCGGAUCGCAAGGUCUUCCGGGCCGACCGACCAUUCGUUUUCGCCAUCCGCAGCAAGAAAAACGUUUACUUCGUCGGCCAUUUCAUUAAGCCCUAAUUGCGGGAGGAGUUUUGCAAAUAUUUUUAUGGUGAUGGCCCGCAGGCAAUCACGGCCAAAUGGCUGUAUCCCAAUGAACAUCAAAUUAUUGCCAAACAAAUGUACACAAUGCAUCCGAAAUACAAAAAGGCAGCAGGCACAGGCAAA